UUCCGAGGUGCACAUUGGAAGUCGUUCGGCUCGUUGCGUUAGUUUCAUUUUUUUUUUCUGUGUAAUUUUGUUUUGCAUACUAAACGCAAACAGACACACGACCACGACGGAGUCGUUUUGACUAACCGAUACCGAUACCCAAUGUCCGUGCCCAGGCAUCAGCAGAUGUGAAAUGUGACGACACGACGAAAAAGUGUCCGCAAUCGCGCAGCCGAGGCGACAAAAACCAUUUUGCAAAAGAAGAAAAAAAGAAAAAAGAAAUAGAAAAAAGUGAGAGGAAUCGGCAGCGACGCUCACGCGUUGCGCCCCCAUUCAAAAUAAAAGUGAAAACGUGCAAAAUACACAAUCCAAAAAAGAAAGAACAGCAGCAAUAGAGUAUACAUUUUAAUCAAAAAAUGUGCGACACUGUCGCAACUACAACCACAACCACAGCAACAGCAGCAGCAGGAUCCGGAACAGGAACAGGAACGGGUGGUGCUGCUGGCGAUACAGCGACAACAAUGGAGGAGCGUACACGACAAAGCUGCUGUCGCCUAUGCAUAGCGCCCCCCAGCGAAUGCAUUUCGAUCAUUAACAGUUAUGCGGCCGAUAAGGAGCCACUGGCCACUAAAAUACACAACUGCGUAAAUAUCAAGAUCACGCCGUUGGAUCGUCUAUCGCUGCAUAUUUGCCAUGCCUGCAUCAGCUAUUUGAACUCUUGGCAGAGCUUUAAGAAUCGCUGCCUCAGCUCACAGUCCAAGCAGAGGCAAUGGCUGGAUACCGAUAAAAGCAAGCAGCAGACACUUUUAGGAUAUUUGGACUUGAACAAAACGGAGAAUGGCAGCUCCAUUGAACAGCAGCACGAAACGAACAUCGAUUCGGCGACAGUUGCAGCUGAAAAGGCGUCCGCCAACAUAUUGGAUGGCAUACCCUCGCUGAAGAAACGCAAAUCGUUAACAGUCUAUCAACAGGCGGCACCGUCUGCUCAGCGUUUGGCUAAGUUCAAGCCUAAAUUGUAUUUGCCAUUGGAUAUAUCGGUGCCACCGCUUCCACCGUUGUUGCCGCCGCCGUUGCCGCCCAUGUUGUCAACUAUUGCUGCUGGUGCUGAUUUGGCGCCGUUGCCAAUGCCGUUGUCGCUGCCACUUGAUUUCAGUCAGAGUCAGUGUCAGAAUCCGAACGCGAAUCAGAGUCACAAACAUAGCAGCGUGUUGCCGCCAGCGCCACCACCGCCGCCGCCGCCUCCUCCUCCUCCUCCGCUGCCGCUGGCUCCAGUUGCAGCAAUGACCAGCAACGCCUCUGGCUCUGCCACUGCCACUGCCUCUGCCUCUGCCGCAGUCACGACUCCAUUGCUAAUGCCACCGCUGCCUGCCGUGCCCAUCAAGGAUGAGCCCAUUGACGACACGGAUGAUGACUUCCAAAUGAAGUGCAUAGACGAAUCCGAUGAUAUGAUGGAUCCAACAAUGUUCCUAGAGCGCUCCGAGCAUGAGGGCGAUGUGCCACUAAUGACCUCCGACUAUGAUUACACGGCGCAGCAUGGCGUGACGGCGGUUGCGGCGGCGGCAUCGCUGCCCGCCAGCGCGGUUGCAAAUGUGGCUGCCGCUGGCGACUCCAAGGUGGCCAGCUGCCGUGCCUGCAGUCUGCAGUUCUCGACGCGCGCGAAUGCGCGACGACACGAGCGCAAUCUCCAUCCGAAUCUGUUUCAAUUGUCGACAGACUCGCCAAAUAAUACGCCCAUCACAAAACCGACGCCGGCAUUGGCAGCCGCACUGGAGAUACAGCGUGCAGCUGCCGCGGCAGCGGCCACCGCGGAGGCAACCAAAGCUGCCGCUGGUGGCAACAUAUCAGCGCAAAAGUAUCGCCAGGUGGUCAUGAACACGUUCAUCAAGUGCGAGAACGGCGGCUUCGACUACGACAAUCCGGAACAGUAUCAGCAGCUGCUGACCCGCGACAAGGUUGAGUUCAUUCAGGAGAACAACGAGUUUCUGGAGCAGUACCAGACGAUGACCUGCCGCUGCUGCAACAAGUACUUUAACACAUACAAGAACUUUAUGGCGCACGUGCGCAAAAAGUAUCCGCUGCUGCCGCGCAAUUUAUGCUUCAACUGCCUCAAGAUGAACGACUCCAAGGCACUGUUCAUAUCGCAUCUGAAGAAGCGCAACUGCAUCAAUUUGUAUCGCGUUCUCAACGCUCUCCGCAUCAAGCAGCCAAACUUCUCUCAUGCCACCGCAUCCGGAGCGGCUAUCUCAACCGAUAUGAGUGGUGUUCCAGGUGCUGCAGCUGCUGCAGGGGCAACAGCACACGAAACAUCAAUGGAACGGCCAGAGAAGCUACGCGCCAAGGAGCUGCUGGUCAAUAAACUGUAUGAGUGCAAGCUCUGCCCAAAGGGCUUUCGCACCAAGCACGAGUUCCGCACCCAUGUAUACGACAAGCAUGCGGAUGUGCAGCGUAAGGAUAACAAUUCGAUACAGUGCAGCUUCUGUGGAUUGGACUUCGCCGAUCCCGUAGAUCGUCGCCGUCACUACAACAACAUGGACUGCAUUGUGCGGCUACGAUGCAUGACCUGCGAUGCCAAGCUGGAGACGCAUCAGCGCUUCCUCGAUCAUGUCUAUCAGGAUCAUUUGGGCGGUGUCAGCAGCGACAAUGCAUCCACCGCGAACAGCGGCAUGGAUCAUUCGCCGGGCAAGCGUAGCCUGCUGGGCGCCCUUGGCAUUGGUGUCAGUCAGUCAUCCAAUGAUGAGUCGCGCAGCAGCAGCCACAACAACAACAAUGCAGUGGAAACGCCGCUAACCUCAACACCAAAACCUGCUGCAGCUGGAUCGGGAACUGCAGCUGCGGCGACCAGUGGCGGCUCCGCAUCUGGCAAUCGCGAUGCCCCCAAAUCGCAGUAUUUUUCCCGCAUGCCGCAGGUGUGCCCCAUUUGUGGCCAGCAGUACAACAACUACAACAACGUGCUGCGCCACAUGGAGUCAAAGCAUCCCAAUAAACUGCCCGAGACAUACAAAUGUGUACGCUGCGGCCUUGGCUAUCCGCGAAUCUCAUAUCUGCGCGAGCACAUGAUAAAUGUGCAUGGCGUGGACAAGAAUCGGCAUUCCGGAGGCUUUGAGUAUAUUGUGAAUGCCGAUGCUGUUAAAUUGGCGGAUGGCAGCACGCCCAAUGUCUACACCGGACGCUAUGAUUAUGUGAUGAAGGAUCUGAUGUCAAUAACAAAUGGUGGGACACUCGAUGAUGAGGAGGAGGAAAACGGCAGCGUUGCCAAAAAGAUGCGCCUCGAUGAUAGCAGCAACAACAGCAGCAUCAACAUGAGCAUCGCCAAUCAGCAAAAGGAAUGCCUCAUCUGCAAUGCGGUGUUCAGUAACAACAUUGGGCUAUCCAAUCACAUGCGCUCGCAUUAUACCGCCUCCACGACGACGAGUGCAGCGCUUGCGGCGGCCAAUCGCAUGACGCCAAAGUCGCUGACAAUUACUGCAACGCCGCCGCUGGAAACGGCUGCCGCAUCGUCCACAAGCAUUGCGGUGUCGACGGCGGCGGGGGCGGCGGCAACAACAGCAGCAGCAACGCCCGCCACAAGCACAGCUACAGCAGCUGCGAGUGCAACUACAACAACAAGUACAACAGCUGCCGCCGCCGCGUCCGGCAGUUUGCCGCCAGCGAUGGCACAUCAAACGCCACAGGAGCAGGCGGUAUUCCGACGUAGCUUGGAUCAGGCAGCCGAUCGUCGCUUUCGGCGCAUGCGCUGUCGCAUCUGCCAGCGCAGAUUUAGCUCUAAGAAAUCGUACCGCUACCACAUGCUGACCGACCAUCAGGUGCAGAACGUGCAGUUCAUCAAGUGUAAGCUGUGCAAUGCGGAGUUCGCCUACGAGAAGGGCCUCAAGGUGCAUCUCUUCAAGGUGCACGGGCGGGCCAUUAAGGAUGAAAUGAUUGUGAAGCAGUUUGAGUGCGAUAUCUGCUCCAUUGUCUACAGCUCUGAUCUGGAGCUGCAGCAGCACAAGCGCAGCGUGCACAAGUCCCAGCUGGGGGGCGCCAGUGAUGCGGCCAAGUCCAAAUCGUCAGCAGCUUCAUCAGCUGCUGCUGACCUUGCCGAGACUUCCGGCACGGCUGUGCCAGCCCUGCCCCUCUAUUGGUACCAGUGCAAGUACUGUCCAUCCAAUUUCAACACCAACAAAAAACUGGCCAUACACAUCAAUUCGCACGACGAGUUCGACUCGAAUGAUUACUCGUGCAAGGACUGCGGCAAUGUCUACAGUGGCCGCAAAAGCCUUUGGGUGCAUCGCUAUAAGAAGCAUCCGCAGGUGCCAGAUCCCGCUGAGUGUACGCUGUGCCGCAAGAUGUUCUUUGACCGCCAGAUGCUGGAGAAUCACACGCCCACCUGCAAUCGAAAGCCCAUCACUGCCACUGGCGCCCAUCAGCAGGAUUCGCAGCAGCAACAGCAGCAGCAGCAGCUGCAACUGCAGCAGCAGCGCGGCAUAUUCAAGCACAAAACGGGCGACGAUGACGAGGAUGAGGAGGAUGAUGAUCAGCUGUUGGUGCUGGACGAUGGUGUCUGCGUCGGCAGUAGCAGCAACGGUGGCAAUGCUGCAACAGCAUCAGCGUCAAGCAAUGCCAAUAGCAGCACAUUGAAGAUACGCAUACCGGAGGUGGCGUGCACCAUUUGCGGUGCCCGGUUCACCGAUCAGGAGAUGUUCAGCAAGCAUAUACAGAAACAUGAACAGGAUCUGUAUGUGGAUAAUCCAUUGGCGGCCAUGUUCGAUGAUGGACCAGCGGACGCUGGCCAAUUUCAGGUGGAGCGCCAGAACGAGAACGGCGAAUAUGCGUGCGAUCUGUGCGCCAAGACGUUCCCCCAGGUGAUAGCGCUCAAGGUGCAUCGCAAGUGGCAUUUCAGAGGUGAUAGCAAGCAGAAUCCCAUCAUCGACGGCGAAGCGACAACGCUGAACAACAGCAGCAACAACAACAACAACAACAACAAUUCAGUGAGCUCCUCAUCGAUGCUCCAUCUGCGCGAACUGCAUGCGGUUGGCCUGAUGCCCAAUCAACAGCACCAGAAACAACAGCAACAACAACAACAACAACUGCAACAGCAACAACAACAACAACAACAUCAACAAAGGAAGUCGCUGAAACGGAAACGUGAACUGAAAUGCGAAUAUUGCGCAUCCACAUUCAUUAGCAACAACAACCUGCGUCGCCACAUGUACGAGCUGCACAAGCACGAGGUCAGCAAUCUGCCGGAGCCGCCAGUGAUUGAAGUGGAUGAGCCUUUAACUUGUCGCCGUUGCGGCGAUCUACGGUUUGAUACCAAAGAGCUGUGGAUCGAGCAUAAAUUGGCUGAUGCCAAAGUUGUGCGUCCAUUCUGUCCAUUCCAAUGGGGCUGUGAUCUGUGCGGCGAGUACUUGUCGCGCAAGGAGAAGCUCAUCAAUCACAUUAACAAUCAUCUCAAAGAGGAUGUAAUUGUGCCCGUGGCGGUGGCCACCAAGACAGCGUCAACAGUUCCCAGCAAGAAUGCAACAACAAAAUCUGCAGCAACAUCAGCAGCGGCAGCAACAGCAGCAUCAGCAGCGGCAGCAACAGGAGGCACAAAGGGCAUAAUAAGAUCAGGAGCAGUAAGAUUGCUUAAAAACAAACAAUUGGAUGAGCUGCAGGAGCAGCUAGACAUGAAGGUGGCGAAGCUGUCCAAACAACAGCAAAAUGUUCAUGUGGCGCAUGAUGAUGGGGAGGAGGCGGGCCAGGAGCAGGGGCAGGCGGAGGCGGAUGAUAGUGAUAUGGAUGAUGAUAGCGAUAGUGGCGAGGAUGAUGAGGAUAGCACAAGCGCUGAUGAUGACGAAGACGACGACGACGACGAUGAUGAUGACGACGAAGAUGAUGAUGACGACGACGAUGAUGGCGAUGUGGACGAUGACGAUGACGAAGAUAUUGUGGAACAGCAACUGCUGCAACAACAACAACAACAACAGUGUCUCAAUAUUGCAAAUGACGAUGACGAUGAUCUCAUUGAGGAGGUAAUCGAGGAUGAUGGCAUUGUCGAGGAGCUAGAAGAUGAUGAGGACGAUGACGAGGACGACGACGAGGCCGAGGCCGAUGGCGUUGAUGAUGAUGACGACGAUGGUAACACAACGGAUGAGCAUCAGACGCUUCCUUCCAAUGCCACCAAACAGCAGCCGAGGCGCCUCAACUUUGACUACGCGCGCACAGACAGCUCCAAGCUGAACGGCAAUAGCAAUGGCAAACAGACGCCGCAGCAUCAGCAAAAGUCAAAGGGCCAGCAGGCGGUGUUGGUCGUGCACAGCUCAGAGGAUGAGGAUGAGGCUGAUGUCGAUGGGAACGGUGAUGAGGAUGUGGAUGAGGAGGAGGAGGAGGAGGAUGAGGGCGUGGGUGAAGCAAUGACUAUUGAUGAUAUUAUUGAAGAAGAUGAUGGGGAGGAUGAUGACGAUGUGGUUGGUGUCGAUGGUGGUGUUGUUGAGGAUGAUGAUGAUGAUGUUGACGAAGAUAUGGACGAGGAUGACGUUGACGACGACGACGACGACGUCGACGACGCAUCAUCAUCUGAGAGCGAGUCAACAACAACAACAACAUCGCAUUCAAUUGGUGAGCGACGUAAAAAAACAGUAGUUAAAUCAGCGGCACAUGGCGCUGCCGCUGAUCAGUCUAAUUCCAGCUAUACGUGUGAUCUAUGUCAACUUUGUUUCGAUUCUCAGGAGUUACUGCAGUCACAUAUUAAAAGCCAUUUUCUGAAUGGGCCGUCGGCGGGCAGCAGCAGCGCCAGCGGCAGCAGUAGCAACAGAAGCGCCAGCCUCGGCGGCGGC